AUGCAAACAGUACAGAACAAAGCAAUAUUCUGGCUCCAGUGCGUGCGGCGCGGAAUAGCCAAUCACGGGGGAGAGAGGGCUGGCAACCUUGGCGUCUCUCGAAGAUACAAAUUCGACAGCACUGUUACCACAAUGAUGUCCUACCAUAAAGGUGACUCUUGCAAGGCCCAGACCACGGCAGACACCAUGGAAUCAUAUCUGGUUCUAGGUGGCAAUAGAAAACCCAAUGUCCAUCAGAUUGUUAUGCAGAUGGACUCUCGUGCUGGUCUUACCAGACUAGCAACCAAGCCAGGGAGGCCCCUGAGUCCCCCUCAGACGGCCUCCCCGACUGGGACGGGAAACCACCAGCUCAGUCCACUGGAUCGCAGCAUCAAAACAAAUCGUGUCUGCAGUCCCUCAUCAGUAGUUGCGAUGGAUCCCGCGCUUGUCUCCCUUACUCUUACGACACUUGCUUGCUUCCAAAAGUACAGAGAAUAUAAAAAGACCAAGAAAAGUAGAAAGAGACUAUGGAUGAAACCAUGGCUACAGAAAAAAGACCGAAGUGUGUAUCACAAGUUAAUUGAAGAAACGCGAGUGGCUGAUGGCAGUGUGUUUUAUGAUUUCCAUAGAAUGAACAGGCAAAAUUUUGAUGUUUUGUUAAAUUUGGUGGCACCCCUCAUCCAGAAAGAAACCACACAGUUAAGGGACACUAUAUCUGCACCAGAACGACUCUCUCUGACUUUGCGUUAUUUAGCCACAGGUGAAACCCGUCGCUCUCUAGGAUUCCAAUAUAGGAUAAGCCAUAGUUUGAUCACCUACAUAAUACCAGAAGUUUGCAGUGCAAUAUAUUCCGUCUUAAAGGAUAUGUAUCUGAAACUUCCAUCAACAUCAGAGGAAUGGAAGCAAGUGGCAAGCGACUUUUAUAGCAGCUGGAAUUUUCCAAUGUGUAUUGGAGCUAUGGAUGGAAAACGCUUUCUUAUGAGGAAACCAGAAAAUACAGGAUCAGAGUAUUGUGAUUACAAGAGUCGCCAUAGUAUGAUCAUGUUAGCUCUUGUUGAUGCACAUUAUAAAUUCAUGUAUGUUGAUGUAGGAGCUCAGGGACGCUCAAGUGAUGCAGGUGUUUGGGACCGUUGUAAAUUAAGAGAAUACCUAGAAAAAGAAAAGCUACAAGUUCCACCACCUGAUACUUUGCCAUUUUCAGAUCAGAAAGUUCCAUACGUAAUUGUUGGAGAUGAUGCAUUCCCCCUCAAAAAUUAUCUGAUGAACCUUAUCCUGGCCAGAACUUAA